AGCGAGGCCUCGAGGCAUCAGGAUCUCGGACGGAGUGUUGAUUUUUACCACUCCGACUUAUCCUUCUUCUGUGCCACAACUACAGCCUCUAUUGUAAACGGAAAUACCAUGGCACCAGGGAGGAUAAUAAGUCACAUUGUGCCCUAAUUCGGCCAUAACGACAUCUCGACGCGUCCGCAUUCGUUUGAUGAAAUCCUAAAUCGGUCAAGGUUUCAGUGGCUCCUCUUCGAGUGGCUCAGCACCUUCAAGGAAUAUAAAUACACCUCUCCUUCCCCCGUUCAACUCACUCCAUCAUCGUGCCUUGAUCUGGUGAUAGGUUUACCUCCGCUCUCUUCCGUCUCAAUGACCAUCUCACCCCUUCUCUAGAUUGACAAUGCCGCCCCGACGCAGGGCUCCUACCGCCCAAACACCCACCUUGGAAGACUUUCUCAAAUACGGUCGGAACCAGACCUACACAACCCAAGCCUUGGCCUCUCACAUACAAGCUGCUUCUGGUCUGCUCCCCCUACUCGGCGCUCCAGCAGACGCCGGUCCCGCACCGAUAGACCAAUAUGGUCCCUCCCUCUACAUCAACAGCAAAACAGACCAAAUCGGACGCGACGAGUACAUCCCCUUUCUCUUCGCCCAACUCAAGGACCCCCGCAUCCCCGUCAACAGCAUGAACAUCUGGCACCAAAACUUUCUCGAGGCCAGGAACCCCCCCGUCCUCAUGACCGCGCUCUCCUCGUUCCCCAACGUCUGCAUCCUGAAUAUACACACCAUCAAAUGCAACGAAUCGCAGUUCAUAUCCCUCGUCAGGUCCUACUCCAACCUCCAGAUCCUAGAGACGCAGGACAUCGACAUCCGGGAAUACGAGUCGUCCAACAGCGCGCAUGCGGAUCCCGUGGAGGCCGCCUCUGUCGCCCCCAGGGAGAUUCGCGACGGGCAACAAGGGCCAGAGAUCCAGGAAAUCUCCCUAUACAUCGAUACCACCACCGGCUGGAUCUUCCUCGACCUCUUCGCGAGCCGCCGCUCGCCCGUCGCGUUGCGCAACCUCUCCAAGCUGACCCUCCGACACCGUUCCCCUGUCAUAUGCAACGACAACAACUUCGUUCGCCGCCUUUCCCGUAUCAUCAGGCUCUGUCCCAUCCUUUGGGAGAUCGACAUCGACAGUUUCAAUAUAGGCAAGUUCCAUUCACCCCCCUCGAGCCCCUCGACCUCGGCGACGCCGUCCACCACGUCCAUUUCUGCGUCUUCAUCACCGGCGCGAACUACGAGACGAACAUGACCCUCAACUGGUGGGCCUCCACUCUCGACCAGCUCAAGCGCCCGCGCCACCUUUCCAGGGUGACCAUCGAAAUGGAGGUCGACAUCGAAAACAUCCCCCGUGCGAGUUGGAACAAGUUUCCAACAACAGUUCCUGGUUGGGCGGUGCUUGACGAUGCCCUCACUCGACCUCAGCUCAAGGUAGAGGAA